AUGGAAAUCCACCUUAUCGUGCUUCUCCAAUUCAAGCCCGAAACCAGCCCUACCGUUCAACAUGACGUCGCUGCUGGAUUCAAAGCAUUAAAGGAGAACUGCAUACAUCCUGGAACCCAGAAACCAUAUAUUCUUUCUAUGAAAGGCGUUUCUAUUGAGGGGGCUCAGAAUGGAAUCAGUCAUGCUUUCGUUUCAUCGUUUGCCAGUUUCGAGGAUCGAGAUUACUUUGUCAAGAGCGACCCAGCGCAUAUAGAGUUGGUGCAGAAUGCCAAGGGGUAUUUGGAUAAGGUCCUGGUUAUUGAUUUUACCAAUGGUGUGCUUAUUAAGAAAUUAUAA